AUGGUACUCCGUCAAAGUCUUCAGGUGUUCCGUUCGUUUAAAGGGCAACGUACUUUUCUACGUCGCUUCAGUGUUUCCCCACACGCUGCUGACAAGUUUGUCGUGGACUUUCCAGAAGAACACGAAGGUCUAAAUAUCGAAUUUAAUUGGUCUCUUGCGGGAGAUGAUGUGACACCUCAUGGUGAUGCCUUCCGCAACCUUAGCUGGUCCAAGCUUGAAGAACUUGCUAAGCACGAGAAGCCUGCUGGCAAGAGCGUAAAAAUUGAAGAGGUUGACGUCAAUAUCGUAUUCAAUACCUUUGAAGGUCUGUAUGAAAAGGUGACGGAGCACCUGUCUACAGAACCCAAUCUGUUUACACAAGACGGUGCUGUUGGAUCUUUCAAGGAUGAUCGCACGCGUGUACGUGUCAUUUCAGACUCUCCAUUGGUAGCACUAUUUGCCCAGAAUCUACUGGUGCGUGUGCCAAUUAAAGAUCCACAUGCUGCUCGUCCGAUUGUGGUUUACGUAGCUACUGGUGGUGAGUUUAAAGGAAAAGAGCCUCAAGCUCAACUGCUUAUUGAUAACGAUGACGAUGGAGCAACUUUUGUUAAAGUUGUAAUCACGGGUGCAGCUAAUUUAUCGACUGUUCAAGACGCUGUUGGUCUUGCCAAGAAGAAGCUACUCAAUGUGACUGAAUCCGAGUCUCUUGUGGUUCCGUCGGAUGUUUUAAUGACGGAUGACAAGGUAGCACUUGUUUUUAAUGCCACUGGAUCUGGACGUGCUACAGCCAUCAACAAGGGUCAGCUCUAUAGUGCUCAUUUAAACAUCUGGAACUCUUUAGGUGUGACGUCUUUCUUUGGUGGCGCGGUUGUGGACGCUGCCAGCAAAUUGUCGAAAAAGCGCGUGGUGGCUUUGGAAAACGGUAUGGCUGUGAAUGUGCCGUGCAAUAAUCUUGUAGACCAUCCAAAGGCUGCUGUCUUUAUUGACAAAGCUGAAAAAGGGGUGAAGUCAAUUUCUGUAGCAGAAGCCACUGCGCUGUUGAAGAAAAUCGAUGCUGACACGGAUGUGGAGAAAUUUGAGGCACUGCUGGAAAAGGCGGGCACGAAAAGCUUUAUCGUAUCUAGCGAUGCUGAGGUAGAAGCCGCAUUGGAGAAGCUUUAA